GAACGAAUGGACCAAGAUGCUCUGCAGAAUUUCUGUGACUGCAAGAACCUAUUGGCUCAUCAUCGUUGUCUCCUCACCUGGAUUAAGGAGGGUCUCGGAAAUGAAGACAAGCCAAAGUGCAGCGUGUGCAAUGCAGAGGAACGGAAAGGUGGGCGGAGCUAAGGAGAACUGAGCCAGCGCUGAUUGUUGGAUUGGAUGCACCUGGAAGCUGGGGGUUUAAAAGCACAGCUUCACCAUUCGGGAGACAGCUCACGUUAGCUCAUGGCUGCACGGCGAAUGCUCCUUCCUCACGCUGGCAUUGUGUUUUGUAUUUGGUUGUUGGCUUGGACACUUGUUAAGUAGGCCUGCAUUUGGUUGUUGGCUUUUACACUUGUUAAAAAGGCCUGUAUUUGGUUGUGGGUUUUGACACUUGUUUAAAAGGCUUGCAUAAGUCUUCGUAAAAUAAGGUAAUUAAUAAAUAUUGUAUGUAAUGUAUGUAAUUCCCUGCUUGUUAUCAGUAACGCUGGUUUUAUGUAGGUUACAACCAAAUAUAUAAACCUACUUCCUUGUUUUAAAUGGCUGAAUUUGUUUGUCGGAUAUGACCCACAAAAGCAAACUGACAUUUCGCAAUCUGGGUAGGAUGAUAUGCUUGAUAAUAACAACACAAAGAUUUGACUAAAUAUUUUUGCAUGGCCUAAUUGGGGGAAUUCAAGUUUCCAGCCAUCUCCGCUUUCUAGAUCUGGUCAGUGCCAGAUUUUGUGGGUUGAGUUUUCAUAACAGCCUCUGUGGGUGUGAGCAUGCUGAAGUCACCCAGGAAUGUGAAAACACUUCCGCUGAAACAUACAUCAUUGUACACUAUGCUGGGGGAGUGGAGGAGGGCAGAGUUUUAGCCAUUGUGUUCCUACACUUGGUUGGUGAACAAUGGAGGGAGGGAGUCCACAAAGAUAAGUUCCUGGGGCACGGAGUAGAGGAGGGUGUUCGUGGAUUUAAGGAGUAUGCACUUUCUGGCUAAUGGGAUGCAUCCGUUGUCAUGACAGGCCAUUUCUGACCUCUUUCAAGAUGACAGUUAGCUCAGCUAAUAUUAGCUAUUGAUAGCUAGCUAGCUUGUUAAUUACUAGUAGCUACAAAGCUACAAAGCUAUUCAACUUAAAACAAAAAAGAUAUAUAUAUAUUAUGUAUAUGGGGCAUUCUACCGAAUUAGUUCAAAGUGCGGUCCCACAACAAGAAAAACUAUUUAACAAAACAAUUAAGUAUUCAGACAUAGAUAUUUACUAAGAAUAUGUUAUGGUCUAUUUAAACCCAAGGCAUUAAAUUAGAUAGUGAUAAGCUAAAUAUAUACAAAAGCAUCAUUUAUAGGGUACUUUCUAUUGGGAAGUAGCUGUCCCAAACCCUGACAUCUAAAUUUCAAUUUCUGUAAAUACAAACUAAAAAACAUUUUUUUAGAUUUUGUUCAAUGGUGUAUUUCAAAGAUCUUUAUGAUUAAGUUUAAACAGAAGUUGGAAGAUUUAGAUUUAUUGUGGGUUUAAUUUUUUAAUUAAAAAACUAUACUCAAAAAAUCAUGUCCCCAGUUUUCACGUCACUACCGAAACACAAGAGUUUUAGUCCAUUGGCUGAGCCUGGUUUUUAGCCACACCCCUGCAUUUUUGACCAGGCAGUGACACUGCAUCCCUGUCCCUCAUGGCUGAAUGGUAAGUAGCUAAAUCCCAUACUUUUGAUAUAAAUCUCUUCCAAAAUCUUAAAAUCGGCGUGUAACCUUAAGAAUUGUCACUACCGAACACAUAUUCUCUUCAAUUAAGUAAACUUUUUGGGGUUUUAUGCAAAGUAUUAUGUUUUUAUGUGUGUACACCUCUUCAAAGACGUGUAUGCUAGCCAUGUGCUUGCUAGCAUUCUUUAGUUAUGCUCAAAGUUAGCUAGAAUUGUCCCUACCGAAACAGUCACUACCGAAACAAAUGGUAAAGUUUCGGUAGUGACAUGAUCAUUUCGGUUGUGACAAAAUGGAAUGGUAAGUAGUUAAAUCCCAUCAUUUUGAAAUAAAUGUGUUCUAAAGUCUGAAAAUCAGUGUGUAACUUUAAGAAUGGAACACAUAUUCUCUUCAAUAAAGUAAACUUUUUGGGGUUUUAUGCAAAAUAUUAUGUUUGCAAAGCUAUUGCUAUAGCCAUGUGUCUGCUAGCAUUCUUUAGUUAUGCUAGCAAAAUGGAAUGUUCAAUCAUCUAUUUUCAGUGUUUCCCUUACCAUUGCCUUGGAGGGACCUCCCGUCCAUCCUGAAAGACCCCAAAAGCCAAAAAUACGGACUUUUAGACCGUUAAUGUUUUUAGCAUAAGUCAAUGGAGUUUAACAUAACGAGAAUUAGCAUCGUGGCUAGUGGACAUUUUUGUUUGAGUGAGAGAUGAUGAAAUGAAAAUAGUUUGUUGCCGUAGUUAGCUAGGGCUACAUAAGUAGUGUGACCACAGCUUAGUCUAUGUCUUCUGAUGUUGGUAACUAUGUAGGCUAACAUUCGCUAGGCUAUGUUUUGUGGACUAAAUGGUAAACAUGUAGAUAAUGCUGAUUUCUAUCUGAAAUUGUUCAGGGAGAAAAAAUCAUAAGACACCAACAUGCCAAAAGGAAUUAGAAAAAGUGGAGCAGAGAGGCUGAGAGAAUACAGACAAAGAGUGAGGGAUGACCCAGUGAAACACCAAGAAUAUUUAAGGAAGGAAAGAGAAAGAAAUAAGAAACGAAAGGAAGAAGGAAAGUUGAAAUGUAUCAGCGAUUUAUCCAACAGGGAGCAAAGGAAGGUCAGAAAAUCAUGGAGGAAAAGACAGCAAAAGCACAGGGUGUUGGUGAAAAGACAGAGCGAGAUGGAGACAUUUUGCAGGGCUUCCACACCACCUAGCACUUCUAGUGAGGCUGAUCAGACACCAGAGCAUAGGCCUGCACACCAGAAAAGGACGAGAAGUGCAACUAGUACUUCUAGCGAGGCUGAUCAGACAACAGAGCAUAGACCAGCAGACAAGAAAAGGAGAAGGGCAAAAAUGUAUAACUACAGAAAAUUACAGAAGCUAAAGCAGAAGGUCAAAGACAUGCAGCGGAGGGAAGCAAAAUAUAAAAAAAGGUGUCAGAGGUUAAGGUUGAGGUUGACAUCAGACAAGUCAAAUUGUUCCCCAAGAACGACUCGGAAAACUCGGAAGGAUGUACAGAAGCACAGAGUUCCUGCUCAUAUCAGAAAGACCCUUCUUUUUCACAAUACACUUAUGCACCAAAUGAAGAAAAAAUACAAGUCUGUCAGCUAUAAAGAGAAAAAUGCAUUCAGAAGAGCUCAGACAGGUUGCUCAGAAAAUACAAACUUGUUAAUUUGCUCAGAAAAACAGGAGGUAUCUCCCACAAAGAGUUCAACAAGACUGUAGACAAGCCACAGCCGAGGUUCACCUAUCAGAGAACUGGUAAUAAAAAGACCAUGGACAUAGUCAAAAUGUUCUUAAGUCGAGAUGACAAUAGUCGGGCAUCAGCGGGGAAGAAUGAAACAAUCACAAGAUUCAAAAAGAAGAAACAAAAGAGGUUCCUCUCUGACACGAUGCUGAAUUUGCAUCAGAAGUUGAUGCUGGAAAUGCCUCAUCUGAAGCUGUCCUAUUCGCUUUUCUGCAGGACAAAACCUUUUUGGAUUGUUGCCCCAAACACCAACAACAGGGAGACAUGUGUCUGCAAACUGCAUGACAAUGCCCAAAUGAAAGCAGACAGGCUCAAGCACCUUGGCAUUAUUAACUCACCGAGCUUGAGCAAAGUCGCAGAGGAGUUGUGCUGUGACACUCAGGCUAAAGCUUGCAUGUACAGGGAAUGUCUCUCAUGUAAGAACAAGUCUCUCUCACACACCACAAGUACUGGUACAUCAGGAACAGAAGUCACAUGGUGGUACCAGUGGUUCACGAAAAAAGAAGAUUAUGAAAAAGAAAAGGACGGAGAAAGAGAGAAGAUCACUGUGACAAAAACGGUUAAACAGAGAUGUGAGGGCAGCCCAGAGCACCUUUUGGAAGAUUUUGAGAGAGAAAUGAAAGCCAAAGUGUGCAAGCACCUCUUCAACAUCCAUCAUCAGUACACACAGCUACAAUCCCUGCACCGAUCUCUGAAAGAAGACGAAGCUAUUCUUCACAUUGACUAUGCAGAAAACUGGCAGUGCAAAUAUGCAAAGGAGGUGCAGCAAGUCCAUUUUGGAGCAUCCCACAGGCAGACUACACUGCACAAUGCUGUUGUGCACACCAAAGAUUGUACACUGACAUUCUGUGCCUUGUCACCUUCCAUGAAGCAUGAUCCUCCUGCGAUUUGGGCUCAGCUUGAACCAGUUCUUCAGUUCCUGAAGGAGAACCAUGCGAAGAUCCAAAAGCUCUUCUUCAUCAGCGAUAGGCCGACCAUGCAAUAUAGAGGAAAGAACUUCUAUCUCUUGAGCACCAUUCCUUUCCAGAUGGGAUUUACCGCUGUAAACUGGAGUUUCCUGGAAGCUGGUCACGGGAAAGGGCCUGCCGAUGGCGUUGGAGCCACCAUGAAGAGAACUGCUGAUUCACAGGUAGCCAGGGGUACUGACAUACCCACAGCGAAAGCCCUCUAUGACACACUCCUUCCUCUCACCAAAGUCAAGCUCCUCUACAUGGAGGAAGACCAGAUAAACAGAGUAAGCACACUCCUUCCAAAAGAGCUGACCACCAUCAAAGGUACACUGAGCAUUCAUCAAGUAAUCUGCACUACGCCUGGCACGAUCCAUUAUAGAGUGCUCAGCUGCUUCUGCAACAAGAACAUCUGAACCAACAGCCCCAGAAGAUGGAAGCCAUUCCACCUCAAGCUCUGGGUGUGAAGGGACUCUCUGUCCAGUUGAUGACGUCACUAAAGACCUUGUUGGAAAGUGGUGUGUCAUCACAUAUGACGAUGACCCAUAUCCUGGAAUCAUUGAAGACAUAGAAGAAGGUGAUUUGUACAUCUUUUCUUUUUUUCCUCACAUAUUUCAACAUUUAGUUACAUUGCAUGAUAUUUCUCUCUUUCCAUUUAUUCUCACUUGGCCAUCUUCCGUUCUCAUAUUCCCAUUCCCUUUGAAUCAAACUUUAUUUCAUAGUCUUAUACGAUUGCAAUACAAGCAAUACUUAUCAUGUCUCGCCCAAUGUCCUUUUAUUUUACCCGUUAUCUGUCUGCAGGUGCCCUUGAGGUCACACUACAUUGGGCGAAACCUCUUUUUUUGGCCGCGACUAGAGGACAAGAUCUGGUACACAGUGGACAAGGUCGUCACCUUAACCCCCUCACCAGAAAACGUCACACAGAGGCAUGUCCAGAUCAGCCCAAGAGUGUUCACCGCAGUAUGUGAAAAACUAAAUUUGUGAAUGGAUUUGUGAUGGUGUCUGACACUGAACACCCUUAAACAUACAGUACAACAAAUGUCUCUCUCACUCCCUGUGUGUGUGUGUGUGUGUGUGUUCUCUGCUGUGUUUGUGUUUUGUGUGUGUGUGUGUUCUCUGCUGUGUUUGUGUUUUGUGUGUGUGUGUGUAUUUGUUUAUUUUCCCUGUGUGUGUGUCCACUCUCAUUCCAUUCGCCUGGCUGUAAAGAGUAUCCAGAGCGAUAGCGUCUUUUAAGAUUGCAAGAUGGCUUAACCACUCAAGACCCGUUUUAUGAUGGCUUACAAUAAGCAGGUGCUCACUACCAGCAAUAACGUCAGACAUACUAGUAAUGUUUGAAGCAACAUGAAGACCAGUUGCUGUUUUAAUGAAAUCCUGAUGGUUCUCUGUUACAAUUGCGCGCGUGCAAGUGGUGAAAUUUGUGUUCAUGAUCAGUUCAUUCAUUCAGAUUCAACUGCAUAUCACUUUCUGGUGUAUUUUUCUUUAAGAUGUUGAAUCUAUUUGUUACAAACCUUUCGAGGAUACAUUGGUUAGCGUUCAGAAGCCUGACAGCAACAGCAUAAUAUCAGUUAUUUGUCAAUGUUUUCUUCUUCUCUUUUACUGAACCCACUUGGGUAAUUAUUUUCCAUUGAUAAGUAAUGUUUGUACUUUAAAUGGUUAUGGAUGAACAAUUGUUAUGUCUUCAAAAAUAAAAUUAUUCUAUUGACCACAAAA